AUGCCACGGACAUGUCCCCCGGUUAACGGAGUGGAUGAGGCGGGCUCUAUAGCCUCAGUCUGGACUGGCCGUGCUGGCUGGAGCCAUCAGCCGAGCAGGGACUAAAAGGGGGGGUUUAUAUGCUAUGCUGUGGAGCCCAUCCCCACUGUGCCCGCGACAUGCUACAUCCCCUAUGCGUUUACCAGCCCACACACUCUCCGGAAAACACAGCCGUCUUUAUAACAGAGAGAGACAGUGAGAGAUGACAGCGAGGAGAGACGCUUCCCAGCCGCUGAGCAGCUCUUGCCUCCGGGAGAGGAAGGGAGCGGCGGAACGGCCGAAGGCUAACCCCGAUUGGGUUUAUCUCUCCCCUCGACAGGAGCCGGAGAAAGGCCCGGUGUCCGCGGCGGGGAUCCAUGCCCAUGUGGUGGGGACUGUCGCUGGCUCCGGUGCUGCGGACGAGUCCUCUGACAGCGAAGCAGAGCAGGAAGGCCCCCAGAAACUCACCCGGAAAGUGUCCACUUCAGGACAGAUCAGGAGCAAGACGAGUAUAAAGGAGGGAUUGUUGCUGAAACAGACCAGCUCGUUCCAAAGAUGGAAAAAGCGUUACUUCAAACUGAGAGGCCGAACCCUCUACUACGCCAAAGAUGCCAAGUCUGGCAGUGCCCUGGCACGCUGGCAGGAGCGGGCUCUGCGCAGAGUGUCCAGGAGUCGCGUGUGCUGGCGAGUUCUGUCCGUGUGCUGGACUGGCGCACGGCACCCCCCCCCACCUCUGGGUGCCAGCGGAUCUGAGGAAGGCCUAGUGAGAAUUCGGUCCCUUAUCUUUGACGAGGUCGACCUAUCGGAUGCCAGCGUUGCAGAGUCCAGCACAAAGAAUGUCAACAACAGCUUCACAGUGAUCACUCCGUUCCGUAGGCUCAUCCUCUGUGCCGAGAACCGGAAAGAGAUGGAGGACUGGAUCAGUUCGCUGAAGUCCGUCCAGUCCAGAGAGCAUUACGAGACUGCACAGUUUAAUGUGGAACAUUUCUCAGGGAUGCACAACUGGUACGCCUGCUCCCACGCACGGCCCACCUUUUGCAACGUCUGCAAAGACAGCUUGUCUGGGGUCACGUCUCACGGCCUCUCCUGCGAAGUGUGCAAAUUCAAAGCCCACAAACGCUGUGCUGUCAGAGCCACUAACAACUGUAAAUGGACAACUCUGGCUUCCAUAGGGAAGGAUAUUAUCGAGGAUGAGGAUGGGAUUGCUAUGCCUCACCAGUGGUUGGAAGGCAACCUGCCUGUCAGUGCCAAGUGUGCCGUGUGUGAUAAGACAUGUGGCAGCGUACUGAGACUGCAGGACUGGCGCUGCCUCUGGUGCAAAGCCAUGGUGCACACAGCCUGUAUGGACCUGUACCCUCGCAAGUGUCCUCUUGGUCAGUGCAAAGUCUCCAUCAUUCCCCCUACAGCGCUCAACAGCAUCGACUCUGAUGGCUUCUGGAAGGCCACCUGUCCCCCCUCAUGUGCCAGCCCCCUCCUGGUCUUCGUCAACUCCAAAAGUGGUGACAACCAGGGAGUGAAAUUCCUGCGACGCUUCAAGCAACUCCUCAACCCGGCUCAAGUCUUUGACCUGGUCAACGGUGGGCCGCACCUUGGUCUGCGCCUGUUUCAGAAGUUUGACAACUUCCGGAUCCUGGUGUGUGGAGGCGAUGGGAGUGUAGGCUGGGUCCUCUCAGAGAUUGACAAACUCAAUCUUCACAAACAGUGCCAGCUGGGGGUGUUGCCCUUGGGCACGGGCAAUGAUCUGGCACGGGUGCUGGGCUGGGGCCCUUCGUGCGACGAUGACACCCAGCUGCCCCAGAUCCUGGAGAAGUUAGAGAGGGCCAGCACCAAGAUGCUGGACCGCUGGAGCAUCAUGACCUACGAGAUUAAGAUCCCACCAAAACACAGCUGCCCCACCACGCCUGAGGGAACCGACGACUGCCAGUUUCACAUUUCAACCUAUGAAGACUCAGUAGCUGCUCACCUCACAAAGAUCCUCAAUUCAGAGCAGAACUCUGUGGUCAUCUCCUCUGCCAAGAUCCUGUGUGAAACAGUGAAGGAUUUUGUUGCCAAAGUGGGGAAAGCCUACGAAAAAAGUACAGAGAACAAUGAGGAGUGCGACACUAUGUCUCUCAAAUGUGCCAUCCUGAAUGAGAAACUAGACUCCCUCCUGCAGACCCUCAACACAGAGUGCCAGGCUCUACCUUCACUCCCCCACUCCACUCCUCCCAUCGUGGAGGAGGAGCAGGAAGAGGAGGAGGAGGAGGAGGAAGAGGAGGAGGCCAGCGAGGAGAGCCUGACGGAGCUGAAGGAGAAGCUGGAGGAGGAGGAGACGGAGAAAGGAGGACGAGGCGCCCCACACCAGCUGUUCAAAAGCCGGGAGCAGAUGAUGCUCAGGGCCAACAGUCUGAAGAAAGCCGUGCGACAGAUCAUAGAACAGGCCGAGAAAGUGGUGGAUGAGCAGAACUCGCACACAGAGGACACGGAGCUGCCGUCCCCCCUGGAGUUCAGGAAGGACAGCGAGGAGGAGAACCGAGACAGUGAGAAGGAUGAGGACACCAAGGAACAAGAAGCAGUCACAUCUGUUAAGAGUCCCUGUUCUCCGACGGAGAGGAGGGUGAGCCGCAGCACCCAGUCCUAUGGCUCCUUCACCAUCACCCCCUUCACCACCAGCAAGGAGAACCUCCCUGUACUCAACACACGCAUCAUCUGCCCUGGCUUGCGGGCAGGUCUGGCUGCCUCCAUCGCUGGCAGCUCCAUCAUUAGCAAGAUGCUGCUGGCUAACAUCGACCCCUUUGGUGCCACACCCUUCAUCGACCCUGACCUCGACUCACUAGAGGGCUACAUGGAGAAGUGUGUGAUGAACAACUACUUUGGCAUCGGCCUGGAUGCCAAGAUCUCCCUGGAGUUCAACAACAAGCGAGAGGAGCAUCCAGAGAAAUGCAGGAGUCGUACCAAGAACAUGAUGUGGUACGGUGUUUUGGGCACAAAGGAGCUUCUGCAGAGAACCUACAAGAACCUGGAGCAGAAGGUCCAGCUAGAGUGUGACGGCCAGUACAUCCCCCUGCCCAGCCUUCAGGGGAUCGCAGUGUUAAACAUUCCCAGCUACGCAGGCGGGACCAACUUCUGGGGCGGCACCAAGGAGGAUGAUAUCUUCUGUGCCCCAUCGUUUGAUGAUAAGAUCCUAGAAGUCGUGGCUGUGUUUGGGAGCAUGCAGAUGGCUGUGUCCAGAGUCAUCAAACUGCAACACCACCGCAUAGCACAGUGUCGAACAGUGAAGAUUACGAUCCUGGGUGAUGAGGGGGUUCCCAUUCAGGUGGACGGUGAGGCCUGGAUCCAACCUCCUGGAGUCAUCAAGAUCCAGCACAAGAACAGGGCUCAGAUGCUCACCAGAGACCGGGCGUUUGAGAACACGUUGAAGUCAUGGGAGGACAAGUUGAAGUAUGAUAAGCCUCCUUUGCGGCCUCACCUCUACCCACAGCAGUCUGUGGAUCUGGCUACGGAAGAGGAGGCCGCCCUGGUGCAGAUGUGCGCCCGAGCCGCUGAGGAGCUCAUUACAAGGAUAUGUGAGGCUGCGAAGACCAAUGGGCUUUUAGAGCAAGAGCUGGCUCAUGCUGUUAACGCCUCGUCUCACGCCAUCAACAAAACACACCCCAAGUUCCCAGAGAGUCUGACCAGAAACACAGCUAUAGAGGUGGCCAGCACUGUCAAGGCUCUGUACAACGAGACCGAGUCUCUGCUGUUGGGCCGAGUCUCUCUGCAACUGGACCAGCCAGAGGAGGACCAGCUGUCCAGUGCUCUGCAGAGUCUGGAGUUGGAACUGGGCAAACUGGGAGAGGUCCCCUGGCUCUACCAUAUACUGCAGCCCAAUGAUGAGGAGGUUGACUGUGCUUGUGUACCAGGACCACUCUCUGGGUUACGGCAAGAGGAACAGUCGCAGCAGCAUGUUUCGCAUAGUGCCCAAGUUCAAGAAGGAGAAGGCCGCCAAGAAGACGAGUCCUCAGUCAGUGGAGAGAUGGGGCACAGAGGAGGUGGGCGUCUGGCUGGAACAGCUGAGUCUGGGGGAGUACAGAGACACCUUCAUCCGACACGACAUCCGAGGCUCGGAGCUUCUGCACUUGGAGAGGAGGGACCUGAAGGAUCUGGGGAUAUCGAAAGUGGGUCAUAUGAAGAGAAUUCUCCAGGGAACUAAGGACCUGGCAAAGGUGUCCAUGGUUGACCUCUAACCCGGAAGCAGACGCUACCGGAGAGGGGGAAACAAACAUUUCCCCUUUACAGUCAGUGGAAGAGUUUGGGAGCACCGUAGGCACUGAAGGAGAAGAAGAUGGGUAUUCUAGGAGAGCUGGAUUUGUAUCCCUCUGCUGAGAAAGCCUUUGUGAAGUUGUUAACAAGAUACAUAAGUGUGUUCGUUUGUGCUUUGGUGCCAAAAUAGCAGUCGAAUGAAAGCGGAUGGAAAUGCAAAAGGAAGUCAUGGAUCUUCACAACAACAACAACAACAACAACAAAAGCCAUUUCUAAGUUAAUUACCAUUCAUAGCACACAAUCAGGUAUGCAACUAACCAUACAGUUGACGGUUGACUUAACAACAAACUAGUAGCAAAAACCAGGACUUCCAUGAGACGAGGGUGGGACUUAGCUUCAGUUCAGUUGGGUGCGAGUGUGAAAACGUGACACGUUUGCUGGAUCACAGAACCGCAGCUGCGUCAAAGCAACCGUCAGGUUGCCGUAGCGCUGCCGUUUCGGUGGAGACGGAGACGAUAAAGUGGUGACAUCACAGUCUCUCGGUGGUAAUCGUAAAAAGGUGUGGUGUCUGGAAACAGUGGGAUGCCGUCGCAUGCUAUGCUCGCUCAACUUUCGAUAUGUUUAAUUGCAUGAUUAGUGUCUUGAUUUCUUCGCGUGCAAAAAUAACACUUGAACAAGUUUUACAUGUAGUAUUACGAUGCCAUUUGUUACUACUGAAAGCAUCCCUUUUUUUUUGGGUUCUAAAUCCAACUAUGGUUUUUCUAGCUUUCAUUUUUUUUAUUUUAUUUUUUGCAUGAUAAUGACGUGUGUCAAAAGAUCCGUGCCAUAUAUUUCAGUCAUUUAGUGGAAAAUGUGCUUUAUUGAUAGGAGUCAUAAGAAGUUUUUUUUUUUUUUUUUAAAGAAGCUGUUGUUGAGUUAUGAAUAUAUGGAAUUAAUACCUGUAAGUGGACACGUUCUCUGUGGAUGUGAAAUCAGUACCAAAGUGAAUGUCCGAGAAAACAUGAUCAUCUGAUGACUGUUCAGUUCGCGCCUCUUAAUUUAAUAGCCAAGUAGGUUCUUAGAUCUUAAUGGGAAAGAGAUUAGGAAGAAAGUAAACGCGUUGGCCUGAAGCCAACCACAUAAACUGUAGGCUUUUUUUUUUUUUUUUUUUUUUAAGGAACACUUAAAAGGCACUUUUUACUUCUUGCUUCAUGCAAGUGCAAAUACUCAUAUCAUGACAUAGAAUUAACGGUUCACCUCAACUUUUUAACUUUUGGCAAUUUAACACAGUAUUUAACACUAAUGGGAAUAGCAGUUAGAUAUAUCGGGUUUGAAUAUAUAAUAGAGCAGUUGAUCUGCAGCCUGCAUAGCGUUGUCCAAGUGCAGCUUUUAUUUCUUCAAAUAACAAGUUGAUAGAACACUACUUUUACUUAGUUUCUUUUAAGACUGGUGGCAUUACAGGGUAUAUUUCUAUAUGUGAUGCUAAGUUUGUGUAUAUAUAUAUAUAUAUAUAUAUAUAUAUAUGUAUGUAUAUAUAUGCACUGUAUAUAUAGUAUACCAGUGUAUGCAAACAAUGUUUGUAGGUGUUGUAGUCUAAUGCAUUUGUAGAUUGCUGACAUGGCAUGCAGUGUCAACAGCUUACACAUUUGAUUGUGUAUAUUACACCAUAACAAUUGUGUAUUGUUGAUUUUGUUCUAAUCUCUUGUACAUGACAAUGCUGUUGUAUUCUAAUGAUGGUGCAAUAUUUGAUCUCUUGUUUUGAUACUGUCUCUGCAGCUUUCCGACAUGAUGUUUCUCCUUGGGGAGGGGGGGAGGGGGGGGACCUUGAAAGAGUUUUUUGUACUUGUACUCCUCCUUCGACGGUUUGGGGAUUCGAUUUCAAAAAAAAAAAGAAAAAAAGUGAGGCCCGUAGACAGACUGCGUUUUCUUAUGGACUUCAAAUUUCUUCCAGCGGUUCACCAGUUUGUAGUUUUGCUCCUCCGUGCUUCCAAGAUGACACACCGACGUAGGAUUGUGUCAAUGAAUGAGUAGAAUGGGCAGACGUGACUGUGGUGUUAACCUGUAAUGUGUAUCACAAUGUAUUUGUGUGCGUUUGGGUGUGUCUACUACAACAGUGGCAUACUGUACCUUAUCAGCAAUUGUAUACUUACCAUUGCUAACUGCUUUUAUCAUAUCUGAUAGUUUCCCCCCUUUUGGAGAAUAAUUUGUCGCUUGUAGGUUGGUUUUAAUUCUGUCUUUUCCACCUUUAAGAGUAAUAUGCCUUCUGUUAAGAAUUAGUUUAAAACCCUACUUUUUAUUUUAUGAAUAUUGAUUGCUAAAUAUUAAGAUGCGCACAAGUUUUCAUCUUUCAUCAAAGUAUACUAAAUAAUAAUAGAACGUGAGUGAAUCAGGGGCUGGAUCUACAGUGUAUUGUCUCUAAUAGCCCACCAG